GGACGGUGAGCGCUGCCGGCCCGAGCCGCGGCCGCUCCGCGCCCGGCGGCAGCCCCGGCGCCGCGGAGGCUCGGCUCCCCCUCAGCCCAUGCGGGUGCAGCCGUGCCACGGGGCUCGCAGCGCGCCCCCAGCGCUCCCCGCACAUCCCGGCUGACCAGCGGAGGAGCCAGCGCCUUUCCCCAGACGAGGCGUGCUGGGGGAACAAGGGCCAGGACACGAGACAACAUGCGGCUGGGUUGCAUCCUUUUACAAGCAGGAACAUUAUUUCUUUCCUAUGCCAAAGACUGACUGCGUUUGCCCUCCUGUUUUACUUCUGCUGUGGAAGAAAUUUAAGCAAGAACAUGUAUAGUGAAUUGCUGAAUUCAACCAGUGCCACUGAAGCUCACCUAAUGAUUCAGACCAACACGCCCUACCUGAGCAGCACUCCGAGACCCGUGAGCUCCUCUGCUCUUUACAUGUCGACAGCCAGGGUGUUAAAAGAAGGGGAAAUAAAUAAGCCAGACUUGGUGACUUACAUAAUUCUAUUUUUCUUUCUGUUCUUGACUGUGACAUUCAUUGUGUUCUUCAUAAACUGCCAGCUGAAAAAUUCUUUUUUUGCUACUCUUCCUUACGACAGAUCGCUCAGGGAGGCGAGGAACCCGUGGAGGACACAAGCUGUCUGACACUUCUCAUUCCAGCAGGAGCAGGCACCACAAACCCUGUGCAAUAAGGAGUUAGUGCCAUGUGCCAGUGCGUGGAUGUGACCCCCUUUAGAGUAGGGGGCAGAAGGAGAUUGCUCAAAAUUAUGCUGUAUGCCAAUCUGAGUAGCUGUAAAUAAAAAGCUCUAUUACGAACUGAAGAGAAUGCUUUAGCAAAUUUAUACAGUUUUUGCAAAAAAAUCGCCCCAUGAUUCCAGAUUAAGCUCUGUGUGUAUGCAAAUGUCAUCAUCCACCCAUUCAGUGUCCAUACAAGGAUAAUUGUAUUAACAACAGUCUCUGAUUUGGGCAUCUGGUGGAGCUUGUUCCCCCAUGUUUAUGAAACCAAACAUCAAAUGUAAAAAACCAGUGUAUUUACCUAACAGCUCCACAGAGAUGAGUUUACUUUCCUGACCCGUUUCUCCCAACUGCUGCUGGAACUGCGUGGUGAUGCUGUGGGAGGCCUGCCAGGCAGGAGGAGAAAAUGAAAAAUGUUUAUUUAGGCUUUUGAUUGUCAUUCUGUUAAGAGUGUUUUUGAUGUUUGAAUGUAUCAUUGAUCAAGUCUUAAGUUACUACUUAUGUGAAACACUUACCACCUAAGGAAUUUAUUUUCACCUUUCAUACCCUGCAAAGGAAAUUAUUUGCCACAGCAUGAAACCAAAAUAAUCAGGAUGGGGAGAAGUGGCGAAAGAAAAUUAAUAUAUUUAAUAUUAUGCAAACUAAUGAAAAGUGUGAGCAGAGUGCUCCAAGUUUCAUACACAAAGUGGGAAAAAUUCAGAAAGCCAUAAAACACAGCUUUAUAGGAACAGUAGCUUUACUUUACCACUCCUUGCUCUUCAUCUAAACCCAGCCCAAUUAGAAGCAUGAAUUAUCAAUAUGACAACAGCUUGAUUCAACACUGGUCACUGGCAACCCCUAUCAUUUCAAAUUACUAUCUGAUUUAGUUCUAUAAUGAGAGCAAAAAAAGCUUCUGCUUAACACAGGUAGGUGACAAUCUAUUUUGUAGAUGCUGAUUUCUUGUAAACUUGCAGUUACAGCACAAUUCCAGAUCAAGCUGCAUGAACCUGGGAAGAGUGUCCAUAAUUCCCAACAGUGGGAACACAAACAGCAGGCAAAGCUUUUUUUAUUUAUUUAUUUUUAGUAUCAAAUGGUUCAACAUACAGGAGAAAUCAGCUAUCCAGAAACAUCCAGUCCUAAAUCCUGUUUUAGCUGCAGUUUUGGAUAUUGGAUCAUCUGAAAUGGAGUUCAAAGUGGUGUCAGAUGCUGCUCCUAACCCUGUUCUUGACCUGCAGAGUACUCCAGAGGAGCUGUGUGUAUAUAUGUGUAGGUAACUUAUUUCAUCCAAAGGAGGAGAUUUUACAAUGCAAUUACACACACAUACAGGCUUGCACUCAAGAACACAGACAAAAUGUGUGUAUAUGGAAGUCUGUUUGCAAGCUUCUUCUUUUUUAACACAAAAAUUGCACAGUUGAUAAUACUUCCGUGUCACUGUCUUUGUUACCAUGUUUUAUUUUGCUUCAAUAAGCUAAACUACUACAUAACAGAUUUCAAUAUUUUAUUCCUUGAUAUGUGGCCAAUAUUUCCUCUGAACCAAAUUGAACUGGUGUAAUUCCAAUUAAUGCAGAAAGCAACAAUAAAUGAAAGUGUAUUUCUCUCAGCUCUUUUUGAAUAAAUCAAGUUUUAUCAAAUCAGGUAUUUCUUAUUUAUU